AUGCCAGUAAAAAAAAGAGCCUCUUUGGGAAGAAGUACAUCAGCUGCAAGAAGAAUGGCAGCAACAAGAGCAGCUGAAGAUUCUGAAGACACACGCAUUCGACUUGAUGGUCAACGUGCAAGACAAGCAGCUUCACGAGCAGCGGAAGAUUCUGAAGACACACGUACUCGACUUGAUGGUCAACGUGCAAGACAAGCAGCUUCAAGAGCAGCUGAAUCUCCAGAACGGAGACAAGGUCGACGGGUAGAUGAUCGAGCUAGACAUGCAGCUUCAAGAGCAGCUGAAUCUCCAGAACGGAGACAAGGUCGACGGGAAGAAGAUCGAGCCAGACAUGCAGCUACAAGAGGAGCUGAGGAUCCCAUACAGAGACGGACUCGAAGUGAAGAUCAGCGUAGACGACAAGCAGCCUCAAGAGCAGCGCAAUGGACAUUUAUGGAAGGGGAAGCGUUUCGUUAUGAUCCAGCCAACAACUAUGACAGUCAUCCUCAACUUUAUAUUGGACAAAUGAGUGAUGUUUGCCCAUACUGUAAUGCCCUCAAGUGGCAUGCAGAAACACGAGGUAUGUGCUGCUCUGGUGGUAAAGAACAACGUCUGAAUCGAAGCAUUUCUUGGAUAACAUUAGAAAAUACAAUUCCUGCUUUCAAAUGA